AUAUCCAUUUUCAACAUUGAUGGCUAUGCUAUCAACUCUUUGAAACAUUUCUCUCGCUCUAUAUAUAUAUAUAUAUACAAUUCUCACUAUAUCUCUGAGCUAUGGCAGCCACUGUACAGGUUUUAACUUCAAUCACAAGAAGGCUAGAAGGAAAAGUUGCCCUUAUAACAGGAGGAGCCAGUGGAAUUGGAGAAUGCACUGCAAAACUCUUCUCUCAGCAUGGAGCCAAAGUUGUCAUUGCUGAUGUCCAAGAUGAACUAGGUCACUCAGUUGUCGAAGCCAUUGGCCCUAUCAAUUCCACCUACAUCCACUGCGAUGUUACUAAUGAAGACGAUGUCAAAAAUGCCGUGGACAAAACAGUUUCAAUCUAUGGAAAACUGGACAUUAUUUUCAACAAUGCAGGAAUUGCCGAUCCCAACAAACCCCGUAUCAUAGAUAACGAAAAAGCAGACUUUGAACGCGUUCUCAGUGUAAAUGUCACUGGAGUUUUCCUAUGCAUGAAGCACGCGGCACGAGUUAUGGUGCCAGCACGUAGUGGCAGCAUAAUUUCCACUGCCAGUGUAAGCUCAGCUAUCGGCAGUGCUGCCUCACAUGCUUAUUGUUGUUCAAAGCAUGCUGUAUUAGGCCUUACUAAGAAUCUGGCAGUCGAGCUUGGACAAUUCGGCAUUAGGGUUAAUUGCUUGUCUCCUUAUGCGCUCGCGACGCCUUUGACCAAGAAAUUUGUAGGGAUUGAAAAUGACGAAGAUUUGGAAAAUGCCAUGAGCCUUAUGGGAAACCUGAAAGGUACAAAUUUGAAGGCUGAGGAUGUUGCCAAUGCAGCUCUUUAUCUGGCUAGUGAUGAGGCAAAAUAUGUGAGUGGCCACAAUCUGUUCAUUGAUGGAGGGUUCAGCGUCUACAAUUCUGCAAUUAAAAUGUUUCAAUAUCCAGAUUCUUGAUCAUCCAAAUUCAUCAAGUAAAAUGUCUCUCGUUUGAAGUAUCUGCAAAUUUUACUAUGUUUCCAUUGUUGUUGCUGAAUAAAUCGCGAGAGGAUUUAUAACGAUUUCAGUGUUUCCAUUUUUCCUCUAUUUUUAUA